UCAAAACAUCACACUCCAUCCCUGUAGGUGGCAGAAAUGCACCAAAAGUUGAACCUCCAGAAGAAGAAAAGCUUUUCUAUUUCUUUCAGUGUUUCUUCUACAAUGGUCUCAAAUCUCACCAAUCUGAAAAAUAACAGCAUUUAAACUGAAUAAAUCCACCGAUCCUGCAAUCCUGAGAAACACACCAUGACGUCUACAGGAGACUCCACUAAUCAUCAAUCGAAUGAUAUUAUAUUGAGAAUGACUGAUUUCCAAGCCCCACAGCACACCCACACAGGAGAGAAGCCAUUUCACUGCUCACACUGUGGAGAGAGUUUUGCUGAAGAUACUGAUUUCCAGGAACAUCAGCAAAUUCAUACCGGAAAAAAAACGUUUGUCUGUUCAGACUGCGGGAAACGAUUUGGUAGCAAGGGCAAUCUGAAAAUGCACCGACGCAUCCAUACAGGAGAGAAGCCCCAUCAGUGUUCCCAAUGUGGAAGGAGUUUUACUUACAAGAUUCGUUUACAAAAUCACCACCGAACCCAUGUAGUAGAGAAGUCGUAUCAUUGCUCAGAGUGUGGGCGGAGUUUUAAUCUGGAGAGUUCUCUCCAAGUACACCAGCGCAUCCACACCGGAGAACAACCGUAUCACUGUUCUCAGUGCGGGAAGAGUUUUAAUUACAAGAGAUCCCUCAAGAGCCACCAGAGUAUUCACCGAGGAGAAAAGCUCUAUUACUGCUCACAAUGUGGGAAGAGUUUCAACCGAGAGUGUAAUUUCCAAAGGCAUCAGCGCAUUCACACUGGAGAGAAACCGUACAACUGUUCAGAGUGCGGGAAGAGUUUUAACCAACAAAGUCAUCUCAAAGCGCACCAGCGCCUUCACACGGGGGAAAAACCACAUCAGUGCUCGCAGUGUGGGAAGAGUUUUAAUCAACAAAGUGGUCUCAAAGCACAUCAACUCAGUCACACGGGGGAAAAGCUGUAUCAGUGUUUACAGUGUGGAAAGAGUUUUAGUUACUCAAGUACAUUCCGAAAACAUCAAGCCAUUCACAGGAGAGAGAAGUUGAAUGAGUGCUGAGUUUUUUUCCUUUUACCUGAACAUGUGACCAUCCAUUACAUAUUAUUUUCCUGUAGUUUACUCAGUAAACAUUAUAAAGUAGGCUUGUGCAAUACUUAUUUUAUCCUCAUUUCUACCUGUUCAUUCUGAUGGUUUAGACCAGGGGUCACCAACAUGGUGAAUAGCUCAAAAAAUAGCUCACCAUAGCGCCGUUUACCAGUAAGCUGCAUUUAAUAGACCUAGACGUAAUGCGGGUAGUCCAGGGAUGAUCGCCAAUGUAAACUUUUAAAGGCAACCCUAUCUUGAAGCGGAGCCAGGAGCAUGAAAGUUCGGGAAAUUCUAGUGGUAGGAAGUCCAGUACAUCUAUCAUGGCAACAAGUAGAUCCGACUGUAAGUGAGGUGGAAUCGGGACCUUAUAAAGGGGAAAGGUAAUGGGGAAACAGGUGUAGGUGAUUAAAGCAGGGAGAGGCUGGGUGAGAGUUAGAGCCUUGGAGGGAGGCGUGGCUGGUGG